AUGGAUCCUCAUCCAAACCCCAAUGCGGGUUCUUCUUCUACUUCAAACCCUGUUAUGGGUUCUUCUCCUGCUUCAAACCCUGGUGUGGGUUCUUCUGAUCCUUCAAGAUACAGUCUCCGAGUGCAAAUGGGCACCAAACGUGAAGUUGAACCAGUCUUUGGCUGCAGAAUCACCCCUACAGCUCGUUUGAUCAACCCUAAUGCCAUCACUGAAGUACCCCCCGAGCACAAGUUCAAUUUCAAGUGGUAUCGGAAGUAUGAGUUAAACGCAAACAAAGACAAUAUCAGGUGCAGUGUCCACCCUGAUAAGGUGGCUACUCUCGUGUGUGUUGAAUGUGUCAAACUGAAGCUACCUGCCAAGGGAAGUUACCAUUGCACGGCCGUUUGUUACCGGGACAAAUGGCAGAACCACAGGAAGUUGCAUCUUUCCGCUAAAGUUGCAUCUCCUAAUAAUCAACCAGCGGACAAAGAUGAGAUUUAUAGCUGGCCUCAGUAUAAUGAUGGGUUGAGGUGUGCUCUUCAAGAGCUGGACCAUUGGGUUGAGAUGUGCUCUUCAAUGUCUUACACACCCACAGAGGAAGACCUUGGCAGCAGAUUGAUGCUGGUAACUACAGCUGUUGAUUCAAAUAAUCAGGUUUUGUGCCCGAACAAUACCAUCGAGACAGUUCCUGUUCGGUACGCUCAAGGUCAGAAACCUCGCUGCAUACUUGAGUGUCAGCAGAAAUCUGGGGACUCUCAUAUUCGCUCCAAACUCCAAGCACACUCUUCCGGCGGUGUAAAAAUUAGUGUGCUAUCAUAUAAUGUUCUUGCUGAUAUUUACGCUCAUGAUGGUCAAUACUCUGAAUUGCCAGCAAAAUGGUCUUUAACUUGGGAAUAUCGUCAGCAGAAUUUACUAGAUGAGAUCAUUGAAUAUGAUGCAGACAUCCUCUGUCUUCAAGAGGUACUAAGUACUCAUCUCGAGAAAUUCUUCACACCUGAGUUGGAAAAAUUAGGAUACUCUGGCAUAUACAAGAAGAAAAGUGGAGACCGUGCAUUUGAUAGCUCUAUACUGAGAGUGAUUGGAGAAUUACAGCCAAUAGUAAGGGAAGGGAAAGAUGCAGCUUUUCAAAGGCUGAAGCAGCAUGAGUCUGAUAGCUCUUUACGGAGAGUUUUGGAAGCAUUUGAAGCAUUGCAACCUCAAGAGAGAGAUGAAGCUUUUCAAAGGCUGAAGAAGCCCAAUGUUGCACUUGUUGUUAUAUUGGAAAAACUGGAAAGUGAGGGCACUUGCGAGGGCAUUCAACCUAGAAUCUGUGUGGCAAAUACCCACAUAUAUUCAGAUCCAUGGUUCCCAGAUGUCAAGUUGUUUCAGGUUGUGGACCUGAUUACUGGACUGGACAAAAUUGCCGAGACGAAAAUUCCUAUGUUGGUUUGUGGAGAUUUCAACUCUGUUCCUCUGAGUGCGCCUCAUCAGUUCAUAACUACUCGCAAACUUGGCAAACUUCCUGAUUAUGAUCCAUAUAGAAUAAGUCAGCAUCUAAAGCCUGACCAUUCAUUGCCUCUGAAAAGUGCAUAUGCAUCUUUUUAUAACUCGGAUGGUGUCGAGGAGAAACAGUGUAGAAAGUUCUGUUCUGAAAGCGGGGAGCCUAUGUUCACACACUCGACAAAACGUUUCCAAGGAACCCUAGAUUACAUAUUCUAUACAGAGGAUAGUUUGAUACUUGAUGGUGUGUUGGAGCUACUUGACCAUGAUGACUUGGGUGCUGGAAUUCCAUCUCCUAGUUGGUCAUCAGAUCAUAUUGCCCUCAUGGAAAGCGAUAUAGAUGGAGAGAUCUGA